AUGCUUGUACUGACCGCGGAUGGGUCGAUUACCCGCUACACACCGGAUGACCACCCCAAUGUCAACCUCCUUUCCAUUUCAACGUUGUCUGUGCCAAAACAUGAUCUGCUUACCACAAAUGCCGCCUGGAACUCGGCAGCCGGAGGGUCUACCGGCUUUUUUGGUUACUCCUCUGACUAUCAGUCGUCAGAGGAGGGGGAUGAACUCGCCAGUUCUGGUCCAUCGCUCGUGAACGGCUUUUCUGUCCAAUGGGCCACAAGCCAUAGGGUGGUGGCGAUGGCACUGGAGGAGUUGACAAAUUCUGGCGUCUUCUAUCUUCUUAGGCCGGUGUGUUCGGUAGGUGCGGCGAGUGGACGACGGGGUGCCGGAAAAAUGAAUUCAUUCUACGGGAACAAGCCUCCUGGUGCCUCACACCAGCGACGCCCUCUGCCUCAGCGAGGUCAUAUACCAGCACACAAUCUUAUGCGCCUUGCCUUUCUGGACUUUGCCACUGGCAGAGUGCGCCUUCUGGAAGGCGGACCACUCGUUUUCUUAACGGAUGAGCCAACUGCUCCUGCGAACUUACAAGAUAGGCCGAUAGACCCCCAUAACGUAACUCAAUCUUCUGCCAAGUCCCGUUCUCGAAAAAGCAGUGGUCGCGGUGAGGGAACCGCCGUCGUCACAGGUCUGCAGCGACCCCGUUGGGAUCUAACUUUUGAUCCUAUCAACCAGGUUCUCUUCUGGAGCGAUUCACUCACUGGGCAUGUUGGUGUUGAGGAUGCUCGUACCGGUGCCAGCCUUGGUCUCAUUGCAAAUGCUAGCGAUACUUCGCGAACAGUUCUAGAGAUUGUUGUCGAAGCCCGGUCUGGCCAACUCUUUUGGCUGACUGCAUCUCAACCAGACCGGUCGGAAUCCUACCCCCCGCAUGUUUGGCUGAACUGCCGCAUUGAAAUCACCUACCUUGACGGCAGUUUUCGCAGGGUGCUGUAUGACGCCUCGCACACCUCAUGUCCUCACUCGCUCGCCUACUCGGCCAAACUUGCUCGCCUUUACUGGGCUGACCCAACUACCGGUGAAAUUAAAACAAUACAGGUUAGUGUCUCGAAAGUAUACAGCUGUAGACUCUACACCCUAACCGUAAAUACAGGGGGAAAUCGGGCUCGAAACUAUUUGAGAAUUGAAAAAAACCUUUAA